AUGCAGGAUUCUGUAUGUGCCUUAACACGAGACUGCGGUAUCCCAGCAUUACGGAAAAGCAAGAAUGUGGAGAACUUCCUCUCAAGAUAUGAGCAAAAGGCAGGGGACAUCACAUCACAUCGGCUGUCAUAUCAAGACUUUAAAAUCAUCAAGGUUAUAGGAAGAGGUGCCUUUGGUGAAGUCAAAGUGGUUCGUGAGAAGACGAGUCAGAAGGUUUUUGCAAUGAAAUGUUUGAGUAAAUUUGAGAUGAUCAAGAGAUCUGAUUCAGCAUUCUACUGGGAGGAAAGGGACAUCAUGGCUCAUGCUAACAGUGAAUGGAUUGUACAGCUCCACUAUGCCUUCCAGGAUGAGAAGUAUCUUUACAUGGUUAUGGAUUACAUGCCAGGAGGUGACUUGGUGAAUCUCAUGAGCAACUAUGAGAUCCCAGAGAAGUGGGCCAGGUUCUACACCGCCGAGGUGGUCCUGGCGCUAGACGCUAUCCAUUCUAUGGGCUUUAUACACAGAGACGUGAAACCAGAUAACAUGUUAUUAGAUUCAUCAGGACAUCUCAAGUUAGCAGACUUUGGAACAUGUAUGAGAAUGGAAAGGGAUGGUAUGGUGCGUUCAGACACCGCAGUAGGUACACCAGAUUACAUCUCUCCUGAAGUUCUCAAAUCGCAAGCUGGUAAUGGACAGUAUGGACGAGAAUGUGAUUGGUGGUCAGUAGGGGUAUUCAUCUAUGAAAUGCUUGUUGGUGAUACACCGUUCUAUGCUGAUUCCCUCGUGGGUACAUACAGCAAGAUCAUGGAUCAUAGAAACUCACUAGAGUUUCCCGAUGAUAUUUCAAUAACUGGCCCUGCCAAAGACCUUAUAUGCAAAUUUCUAACUGACAGAGACACAAGAUUAGGAAAGAAUGGUAUUGAGGAAAUCAAGCAACAUAGAUUUUUCAAGAAUGAUAUGUGGACAUAUGAAAAUAUUAGGAAUACUGUACCUCCGGUCGUACCUGAACUAGUCAGUGACGUGGACACCAGUAAUUUUGAUGACAUUGAGGCAGAAAACCACCCUGAGGAGAGCUUUCAAUCGCCCAAGACAUUCGCUGGCAACAAUCUUCCAUUCAUCGGCUUCACUUACAAUAAAUCAAAUAGAUUGUUCACGUCGAUAGAGGGUGGUAUAAAGGAGGCAGAUGGACACGUAUCAACCCCCAAUGUUGGAGGCAGGGAAUAUGAAGAAAUGAAGAGGAAAAGUCACAGCCUGGAGAAGCAGUUGGAAGCUGAGAUGAGGCGAAAUAAAGACUUGGACCAGAAGAAUAAACACAUCGCUUCCAAAUUCGAUAGAAUCAAGCAGGACCUGGAACUAGAGAACAAUGACAAGCAUCAUCUUGAGAAUAGACUGAUGGAUAAGGAGAGAGAUAUUGCUCAACUCAAACACAAACUCCAAGAGCUCCAAAGGCGAGCCGAGCAGGAGCAGGAGGGUCGUAAGAGGGUGGAGCGUCAGGUCUCCCACAUCACAGAUAUGGAAAGGGAGCUGAAGGAGCUGAAGCUCCGGUCUGAGAAAACCACUAUACUGGAGAGACAGGUGGAGAACCUGAACAAACAGCUCCAGACGGAGGGGGACCAACAUGCAAGGGCCAAGAAAAUGUUUGGUGAUCACCAAAAGAACUAUGCCCAUCUGGAACAGGAGAUCCAUGAUCUUCGAGACAAGUACACAAGAGAACUCAAUAACAAGAUGAUCCUAGACCAAGAGGUUAUUAGGAUGCAGACACAACUAGAGGAGGAACAACUCGGCAGAUCACGCAUGGAGGAUCUCAAAACAGAGCUAGAAAGGCAAAAUGUCCAGCUAACAACGGAGAUGAAUCGGUUGAAACAAGGAGAGAGUCGUUCCAUAGCAACUAUGCAGACCCAUCAAGAAAGCAUCAUUCUCCUAGAAAAGACAAAAGCCAGUUUAGAAUUUGAUCUGAAGGCAUUGCAGAAUAAACACGAGCAAGUUGUAAAGGAACAUAGGGAUGCUAUGGCAGCAGUUAAUGCUGAGAAGAAGAGAAUUACAAGAUCACAAGAAGAAGAACUUCAGAAGACUGUGAUCCAAGAGAGGGAGAUGAGGAACCAGGUGGACAAACAAAAUUCUAUUCUUGAGCUGGACCUCAAGCAAGCACAGCAGAAGAUUGACAGGCUAGAAAAUAUGAUCAAGAUGGAGGAACAAAAGACAAAAGAGAAGAUGCUUCAACUUGAACAAGAGGAGCAGCGUCAUCGCUUUACUCAGAACGACCUGAAGGCUUCCAAACAGACGAGCAGUGGCUAUCAGACCGAUAUCAAGAGACUACGCAAUGAGCUCAACACUGUCAAGGAACAAAUAAAGAACUAUGAGGAUGCACUGGAGAAAUCAAAGAGCAUCGCCUCUCUGAACGCCUCACAAAUCAGUGACCUUCAGGAACAGCUUGAAGCAGAACACACAUUUACUGCUUUGUACAAAAGCCAGAACCAGGUGUUGAAUGAAGAAUUAAUGGAAUCUAAGCAGGAAUAUCAGCAGCUGAAACAGGAUGUUCACCAGCUGAGCAACGAAAAAGAAUCUUUGGCAGCUCAACUCGAGCUCACACUCACCAAAGCCGACUCCGAGCAGCUAGCUAGGAGCAUCGCUGAAGACCAGUAUACUGACCUCGAGAAAGAGAAGACAAUGGUAGAACUAGAAUAUAAAGAACAGAUCCAGAGACAAAAGUCUACACUUAAUGACAAGAAUGGUCAUAUUAACAAGCUUGAGGAAGAGAAGAAUCAACUGAAUAACAGGAUAAUGACCCUCAACUCCGAGAAGGAUGAACUCAACAAGAAACUAGAGGAUGCGGUGGAAGCACAAGACUCGCUGGAGACCAAGAACGCUGACCUGGAGAAACAGAUGGAGCACAACAAGAAGCUCUUUGCCGAGGAGAAGCUGAAGAAGGAGCAGGCCGUCAGCAAGCUGGCCGAGAUCAUGAGCCGACACGAGUUCACCAAGUCAAGGAAGGGUAAGAAGGUCAGUCAAGCCCAACUGAGCCAGAAGGAGAAGGAGUGCCGGAAGCUCCAGCAGGAGCUCAACCAGGAGAGGGAUAAAUACAGUCAGAUGGUCACCAAGUUUACAAAGGAGAAGGAAGAACUCACUGUGCAAUACCAAGAUGAGUAUGCCAAGCAUUAUGAGCUCCAGCUUGAUUUGGACAGCCGAGAUAGUGAGCUUGAACAACUCCAGCAGCAGAUUAAAAACCUUACAGCUUUACAGGCUUCUGAUAUUGGGAGUAUCAACAGUGCUGGUGAGGCGGAGAAUGGCCAGGGUGGUAGACUAGAGGGUUGGUUAUCUUUGCCCGGUAAGAACCUUCGCCGCCAUGGUUGGAAGAAACAUUUUGUUGAAGUGAGUUCGAAGAAGAUCCUUUUCUACGAUUCGGAGGAACAGAAGGAGAAAAAGAAGCCUUAUCUGGUGCUAGCAAUAGAUAAACUCUUCCAUGUGCGAGCUGUGACUCAGGGUGAUGUCAUCAGAGCCGAAGCGAGAGACAUCCCAAGAAUCUUCCAACUACUCUAUGCAGGGGAGGGUGAGAACAGGAGGGUCGUCCCUGACGAAGCAAAUGAAAAUCCAGAGGGAGAUGAGGAUGGCACUAUUGUACACAAGAAUCAUAAGUUUACUGUUGUCCAUUACCACAUGCCUACCACGUGCGAGUGCUGUGGUAAAACCCUCAGUCAUCUCGUCAGGCCUCCACCUUCUUUGGAAUGUAAAUUAUGUCGCUUAAAAGUACACAAGGAACAUUAUGACAAGCAAGAAGAAUUUUGCCCUCCAUGUAAAGUUAACAUCGACGCAGAGACAGCCAAGCAUAUGUUACUCAUGGCAAACUCCAAAGAAGAACAACAAAGAUGGAUCAGUAAACUUGCGAAACAGAUCCAAGAUAAAAGAGUGUCAUUGCCAAGAACUUCAUCUAUAGGCUCCUCUCCAAGGAACGUUGUGGUACAGAACCGUCGCGUCAGUCAACCGGCUCGCGUCACUUCGUCUUCAAGCAUGAACAGAGGGAGGUAGCCACGCCCAUCUCAUGUCACAUGACUACACCAUGUGACAGCAUGUUUUUUGUAAGCGAGCAACCGGAAAUGAACUGUGACCUAGUGAUUUGCAUGCCAGUGAGCCUGGGCUUCAAGUGAUGAUGUGUAGGAAGAAGCAGCUCUAUAUCACCAAGGGAUACCUUGCCUUUCAUUUUGUUGAUUCUGGUUACACCAGAGUGGUCAAGGGUAUCACCGUACAGCAUCUGCCACUGAAGAUAUCGCUCAAAGGACAGUAUUCGUUAGACCAGACUGUGGAAGAAUCUUCCUGUUUGCGUAUUUCUGCUCUGAGAUCUGCAUCCCAGGUCUAAGUUCUAUCAAUGAUUGUUCAUUAGUGUCUUUGAGAAUGCCCAUCGGGGAGACUUGUCAUGUUAUUGACAUAAUGGACUCUUCAUUAUUCUUUCAGCGCACCUUCGACUGGCUGAGCGAGGGCGUCCGUCAAGUCAAGGUCUGUUACCAUUGCCAAAGCAUUCUGUGUUGCUGCACACAACGGUAACAAGAUGCACUAGUUUCUGUGUGUGUGUUAAGCUUGCAAUCUUUGAGAAACUAAACUUCUCUUGUACAUGUAGAUCUACAUAUAAAAGCUUGCAAAUGUACAGAGCAUGUGGUUAAAAAAUGCUCCCUCUCUCAUUCACUCACAUUUGCUUGUCUCUAUAGACAAUGUUGCAUGCAUUUUCUGAAAAAAUAGAUGAACUAUCUACUGAACAUUAGUGCCUUGAAUUAUACAGUCAACACUGUUGAUGGAGUCAUUUGUGGGAUAUUAGAAAAUGGUCAUUAAUGACAGAAGUCUAAAUUAAAGAGGGCCUAUGGCACUUAUUGAGUGAACACUGUCAAAUUGGUUAACCCAUUGACUUCUAGAGUCUGUAAUUCCCACAGGCUUUAAUUAGGACAUUUCUGUUCCAGUAGGCAAGUUGGUAACUAUGAGUUACUAGGUAGGUGUCUUUGGUCUACUGUAUGUUGAAUGUAGAUCCAACAAGUUUUAUUUUUUUGUAAUGAUACAUGGAUCUUUUGUGUCCAUUAUUAAUAUCAUACUUAAAUCCCCAGAUCAUCUGAUGUAUACAUAAAAUAAUCUUGUGCUUCUUCCCUGCACAGAUGUGUUCAUGCUAGAACUGUUUAACAGAGAGAUAUCCCGACAUUCAUCUGAAGUGAAGUUUGAAUUCAAAUUUUUUUGUUUGCCUCAGUGACAAGACCUUGUAUCUCAAUUUUCAAGGGAUUUUACUCAUCGAGGCAGUCACUGAUUUGAUUUCCUGAAAUUAUGACUUAUUGUUCUUGUCAAUUUGAAGAGAGAGAACAGAUAAAUUUAAAUCUUAGAAAAGGAGUGUACCUCUAUUUAAGUUAGGUCUAAACUCGUUAUAAAGGAAAAAAUCCCCAACAUCAUGAUGAUACAGGGUAAACUGCUUCAUUGGACGCAGUUUGUAACCGCCAUGUUUCUUUGUUUUUUAUUCACUUGCCAGAUCAUAAUUUUUGUUAAGGGUACAAAAUGUUGCUCCCUGAGAAACAAUAUAUAACAAUUGAUUAUUUUCAUUUUAUCAUUUGGAAAGGGAUUUACUCUC